AUGGUCAACUCCUGUUGUGGCUCUGUCUGCUCUGACCAGGGCUGUGGCUCCAGCUGCUGCCAGCCUUGCUGCCGCCCCACCUGCUGCCAGACCACCUGCUGCAGGACCACCUGCUGCCGCCCCAGCUGCUGUGUGUCCAGCUGCUGCCGCCCCUCCUGCUGUGGCUCCAGCUGCUGUGGCUCCAGCUGCUGCAGGCCCAGCUGCUGCAUCUCUAGCUGCUGCCGCCCCUCCUGCUGUGGCUCCAGCUGCUGUGGCUCCAGCUGCUGCAGGCCCAGCUGCUGCAUCUCUAGCUGCUGCCGCCCCUCUUGCUGCCAGACCACCUGCUGCCGCCCCAGCUGCUGUGGCUCCAGCUGCUGUGGCUCCAGCUGCUGCCGCCCCUCCUGCUGCAUUUCUAGCUGCUGCCGCCCCUCUUGCUGUGGUUCCAACUGCUGUGGCUCCAGCUGCUGUGGCUCCAGCUGCUGCCGCCCCUCCUGCUGCCCCUCCUGCUGCCUGCGCCCAGUCUGUGGCCGGGUCUCCUGCCACACCACUUGCUAUCGCCCCACCUGUGUCAUCUCCACCUGCCCCCGCCCCAUGUGCUGUGCCUCCUCUUGCUGCUGA